AUGUUUCCCAGACAAGAGUACCACCCUAGUGACAAGGAAAGAUUUAAUUUGGUGACCUCUGGCUUUUCUUAUCUCUUUGAAGAAGAAGACUUGUCAGACUCUCUGUCCAUGCGCUGGCCAGCCCUACCACGCAAGCCACUGAUGCUGCUGAUAAUUAUUUGCUUAUUAAUAGCAGUGACUCUGACUCUAGGAAUUGGUCUGGGAGUGGGUUUGAGUUGUUCUGGAAAAUUCCACUGUGUGUCUUCAACUCAGUGUAUCAGAAGAUCUGCUGUCUGUGAUGGAGUCAAAGACUGUGGCGAGGGAGAGGAUGAACUCAACUGUGUGCGAGUGAGUGGGAGACACUCUGUCCUGCAGAUUCACAGUAGGGGGAUAUGGAGCUCUGUGUGCUGGGAGAACUGGAGCGCCAAUCUGGGAUUCUCUGCCUGCAAACAGCUCGGAUACAACAGGUCUUGGAUAAUCAUUUGUAUGCAGUUCCAGACCCUCUUUACCAAGACGUAUUACUAUUGUCCUGUCUGUGUAGAGUGUGGUACCAGACCUGGGUUCAGGACCCGGAUCGUAGGGGGAAAUGUAUCUCUCUCUGGGCAGUACCCAUGGCAGGUCAGCUUGCAGUACCAGAACCAAUAUCUCUGUGGAGGAUCGCUAAUAACCAACCAGUGGGUAGUCACUGCUGCACACUGUGUAUAUGGUUUUGCUAAUCCCGCUUUAUGGACGGUUCGGGUGGGCCUCACGGACCAGCCUGUGAGUGGAGCAUCAGAUCUCUCUGUGAUGAAGAUCUUCUUCCACAGUGCAUAUCAUCCAGAAGGACUUAGCUACGAUAUCGCUCUCAUUAAACUAACGCAGCCACUCACAUUCAAUGGUCAAGUACAGCCCAUCUGUCUGCCUAACUACGAUGAAGGCUUCAGUUCAGGAUCCAUGUGCUGGAUAUCAGGAUGGGGAGCCACAAAAAUAGACGGAGAGGUGAGUGUGUCUCUACACUCUGCACUGGUUCCUCUCCUCUCUGUUCAAGAGUGUGGAGUCCCGGGACUUUCUCCAUGGAACAUCUGCGCUGGGAUUCUUACCGAUGGAACCGGCACGUGCCAGGGGGACAGCGGUGGUCCACUGGCCUGUCAAGCCUCGGUGUGGAAGCUGGUGGGAGCAGCAAGCUGGGUUCAGGGCUGUGGAAAACUGAACAAUCCAGGAGUUUACACCAGUGUAACUUAUGCUCUUCUGUGGAUACACCAGACCAUGGAGGUAAGACAGGAGUAUGGGCUGAGCACAGCUUUAUAGUCCAGUAAGGAAUAAAACACACAGGGUCAUGCUGAUAUAGAAAAAUUUCACAUUAUACUUUAUAUCAGUUUAUGGUUACAUUUAAUGUGUGAAACAUCCACGAAACAACUUAGCUCCUGUUAUCACGUACAUUAUAAAAGCUAUUAACAAUAACUCCCUCACUAACCUCUCUCUUGAAGUUAAUACAAAAUCUAGCUUGUCAUGUUCCCUCAAAGCACUCUGUCCUAAAGACUUUCCCAUGUCUGA